ACCAUCGUGCGCAUGCGCAGCCCCUCUGGCUUCUACCACUGAGAAUGCAGAGGGAGCCAGCUCCGAGACGAGCCUCCGCGAAACAGCGGAGCCCCUGUGGGCUCCCUAAGGUUCACGAAUAAAAGAAAGCCUUGGGCACGCCUUCUGGAGAUACACACAUGCCUUGUGGCUUAGGCCGGGAGAGGCAUGACCCCCUAAAUACGUUGGUCUGGUCCCCGGGUCAGCGCCGCCGUCGUCAUAGUAACCGUGUUCCUUGGCAACAAAGCAGGCCGAAAGCUGCUUUGUUGUGUUAAAAAUGUUAAGUGGUGACCCAGGCUGGACUCACAGUAGCAAAAUGGACCGACCUGCGGCUCUCCCGCCCCUGCCACAAAGCAAACCGCGCCCCUUGGGCCGCGGAUGCUGGCGGACAUCCGGAGCUUGGUCGGGUCACCGGAGGGGCCGGUGGCGGAACCCGCCCUGACGCUUCCGCCGAAGCUUUCAGCAGGCUGAUUGGAUAAGGAGCAAGACUGGAGCAGAGAGAGAGGAAACUUUUUGUCUGCCAGUUUACAAGAAAUUGGUCAGUGAGGGAUAUCUGUCAAGACAAUGGACAUUAUCAACAUCAACGCCUUACCAAUAAUUCCAUUGGAUGAGCGCCAGGUGGUCUCCGCCAACGCUCGGACAGUGCUGGAGGAUGCCUUGAGGAAGCAGAUGCAGGAGAAUCCACCCACAUGCAUCAUUGGCUCCAUGAGCCAGGUGAACCAGAGGAUUAUGGAAGUAGAACUGGGCUCCAGCCUGGUGAUCAGCACCUUGGCAAUUGAAGACUAUGAGUUGGAGAAGAAGUCUUUAAGAGAGAAAACUCACAGCAGCCCGGGAGACAAAGUCAAGAAACAGAAGGAAGAGCCACCAAUAUCCUGCCAAGGCUCAGAGCUCCGGAAUGCCAGAGUGCUCCCCACAAAAAGGAAAACAGCAGAUAAGAAUCUGCUCGCAGAGCUGCACGAACACCCCCCAUUUGAUGAAAUGAAGCCCAACAAACUGCCCAAUGGUGUGGACUUCUGUGACAUGGUGGGCAAUGUGAUCCGGUCUGAGAAAAAUCCCCUGAGCGGCAAGUCUUACUGUUCAGACAGAGAACUAGAGAAGUUUCUGUGUUCGCCUUUUCUCGCCGCCAUGUGGCUGGACAGCUUUUGGUGGUUAUAUCAUGAGAGGUACCAGCCAGACAAGGAGAUCCAGAAAAAGCUGUUCGACCGAAUAGCCCGAAAUUACGCCUCCCUGUUGUUCAAAAUGUGUCGGUCCCAUUAUGAAGAGGCACUCUUAAAGAGGCUCUCGUCACUUCUGAGCAAAGCCAUGUACACCAGCUUCUGCUGCUGCUUCCCCCAGUCCUGGUUCAACACCCACGAAUUCAAGUCAGAGAUCUGUAACACCAUGAACCUGUGGGUUUCAGGGACAUAUCCUUGCCCACAGAGCUAUAACAAUUGGGACUACUCAGAACUGGAUCCAGAGAGGUUCCGGCAAGAAGAAUUAAUGUUACAGAGCAGUCGACUUCUGAGGGCAAGAGAGUUCACCCUCUUCACUUGUAAGAAAUCCUCCAUUCAGCAGAUAGAACAGAAGCACACAAAGUUCCGUAACCUUGUGGGUCUCCUGAAGGCUUCUCAUUCAAAGGUAAUGAAGGAAAAAGGACUUUCAAAUAAGACCACAGAGGAAAGCUAUAGGUGUCGAGGCAUGAAAGAUCAAAAUAUAUCUACCCUGUUAUCCAGGAAAGCCACAAAGCAAGUUAAGCAGAUAUCACACGUCAGAGCAUGCAUGGAUACGUUUGUAAAAACGUCCCACCCUGCCUGCAAAAUCCCAGAGCUGACUUCAAACCAGUUCAACCUUUAUGGAAGGAGCCCGCUAAUGAUGUACUUCUUCCUCAACUACUCCCAGUUGCAGCUGACUGGUCGGGACCUGCUGGUCAGCAGGAGAGAAAAGACGGAAAUCAUUCCUGACUCUGCCAUGACCUAUGCUGACAUCAUCCAGUUGGUCACAAAGAACAUGGAGAUUCGAAAGAAAAAGCUCCGGCAGCUGGACCAGAUGCAUGAGAAUGAGUGGAACUGUUUUAACAAUUACCUAAGGGAGCUGCAAGAAAACUUUGAGAGGGAGUUGGAAAUCAUCGAUAAGAAAGAACGAGACAAGAGAAAGGAUAAGAACAGGGUCGUCUCCUCCACGACACUGUUUGAAUCGUCUGGCAAGAAAUCCAAGGGAAACAAGCAAAGAGAAACUGCCUUUCUUUCAAGGAAGAAAAAGAAGGAGGUUGAAGAGAGACCAAAGGGUUUCUAUUCCCCUUUCUCAUUUCAAAACUCUAUGGAUGUGGAUAACAAUUCCGUGGGCCUAAAAAGCCCCUACAGAAUCAAGUCUCCUUCCAGUGAGGGUGGCAGCAGUAUCUCCACAGUCAAGCAGGACAUGCUCUUCCAACUCUCACCCUCCUCCAUGGAAUGAACUCGCCCAAGAACAGGAGGAGACUGUGGAGGUGACGCUCCUGUCUGUUGUCAGAUGCGGUAGAAAGCGGAAUCGGCAAUGGCAACUGAGAGCUCUGAUGCAGCCAGGGACGCAUGGAGCCUCUCCCAGUCCACAGGAGAAAGAAUAUUAAAGUUCACACCUCCCACGGACCAUUCAGGGCUCAUCCAUCAGACAUUCACUUGAUAAUAACAACCCAACCCAACCCAUCCUUAUGAAACAUGGCAAGACCCUGUCUCAAAAAACAAGCCAACACCAAGUAUCAGAAGGGAGCUAAGCUGCUAAGUCCCAGCUGUCUUUAGGCCCAGCACGCUCUAGUCAGGGGCAGAUUGAUUUCUGAGUUCGAGGCUAGUCAUUCCUACAUGUUUGUUAACACAUGUGGCACACAC